AUGGAUAAGUAUCAGCGAGUGGAGAAGCCGAAAGAGGGGACGCCGAUUGAUGCGAACGAGAUUCGUAUCACUAGUAUGGGCAGGGCACGUAACUACAUCACCUAUGCUAUGACUCUUCUUCAGGAGAAAGGUUCAAGUGAAGUUGUAUUCAAGGCAAUGGGAAGAGCUAUCAACAAGACUGUGACCAUUGUAGAGCUGAUUAAGAGAAGGAUCCCUGAUCUUCAUCAAAACACAUCUAUUGGAUCCACCGACAUAACAGACACAUGGGAACCUACUGAGGAAGGCCUUCAAACUAUCGAGACCACAAGGCAUGUGUCUAUGAUAACCAUUACCCUAUCCAAGGAAGAGCUUAACACAUCCUCUGUUGGAUACCAGUCCCCGAUUCCUAUUGAGAUGGUGAAGCCAUUAGGUGAUAUCGACUAUGAAGGAGGAGAAGGUUCUCCUGGUGGCAGAGGGAGAGGAAGAGGACGAGGAAGGGGAAGAGGAAGAGGAAGGGGAAGAGGCGGGAGAGGAAAUUCAUAUGUGAAUGUUGAGUAUGAAGACGGAGAAUGGGAACGCAACCAGUCAUAUGGUAGAGGAAGAGGUCGUGGGAGGGGUCGCAGCAGUCGUGGCCGUGGAAGAGGAGGAUACAAUGGUCCUCCAAACGAUUAUGAUGCUCCACACGAUGGUGGUUACGGCUACGGUUACGAUGCUCCCCCUCACGAACACCGUGGAUAUGAUGAUCGUGGUGGUUACGAUGGCCCUCAUCAGGGACGCGGUGGUUACGACGGUCCUCAUCAGGGCCGCGGUGGUUACGAUGGCCCUAAUCAGGGACGCGGUGGUUACGAUGGCCCUCAUCAGGGACGCGGUGGUUACGAUGGUCCUCAGGGACGUGGUGGUUACGAUGGUCCCCAGGGACGUGGUGGUUACGAUGGUCCUCCUCAGGGACGUGGGCGUGGUCGUGGACGCGGAAGGGGAGGCCGUGGAAGAGGAGGAGGAGGUCGUGGUGGUGAGAGUGAGACCGAGUUUGGACAAAAUUAA